GCUUUCCUGUAUGUAUCGCUAUUGUUAAGGGGAAACUAACCACUCAAGGUCAGUAAUCCGGUACAAGUGAGGCGAGUUGGGCUUACAUUUAUAAUUCUCACAUUGUGUUAAGAGUUGUCAAGACUUAAGAAAAUGUCUUUCCCUUGUCACAUGAUAGUCACAUGACAGCAUUUUCUGAAAACAUUUUCAACUGGGCUGUAGGCUGGAGGUUUACUCUGUCGAAAUCUCCGCCUCUUUCAACAGUAUUAUAUAUUCAAGCUGUCGCCGUUGAAAGAUAGUUGAAAACAAAGCUCCAAACAUCAACAGCAAUGGGCUCCCUGUUUAGGAGUGAGGAGAUGCGCCUGUGUCAAAUGUUCCUUCAGACAGAAGCUGCUUAUGCUUGUGUCUCUGAGCUUGGGGAACUUGGCCUGGUCCAGUUUAAAGAUUUAAAUGCAAAUUUGAAUGCUUUUCAAAGAACUUAUGUAAAUGAGGUCAGGCGAUGUGAGGAAAUGGAAAGAAAACUCCGCUACGCUGAAAAAGAAAUUUUAAAGGAAGGUUUAACAAUUGUGGACAAUCAUGAGAACCCAAAAGCUCCCAUACCAAAAGAGAUGAAUGAUCUUGAAGUUGUGUUUGACAAGAUGGAUACAGAGCUGCGUCAGGUGAAUGUCAACAAUGAAGCUCUGAAACAAAACUUUUUAGAGCUGACAGAGCUGAGGGAGGUACUCCAACAAACACAGUUCUACCUAAACUUGUAUGGACAAGAGAUUCAACAGAGAUUGGAUGAAGAUUCAACUGUUCAGGCUACUGAUGAUUCCAUAAUUAACAUGAGACAUCAGCAAACAGCUAGCCUAAACUUUUAUGUGGGGACCAUACAGAGGGAAAGAGUUCCUGUGUUUGAGCGCGUCAUGAAGUUCAUCACCCACAGCACAGUUUUCAUGAGGGUUGAAGAGAUACCCACCCCCUUCAGAGACCCAGCUACAGGCGAUCUGCUGCACAAAUGCAUGUUCAUAGUUUUCUACCAGGGUGAGCAGUUGAAAGUCAAGGUGAAAAAAGUGUGUGAGGGGAUGAGGGGCACCAUCUAUCCAGUACCAGAUAACCAAAAUGAAAGGAAUCAAAUGUUGGCAGGUGUCACCACCAGAAUUAGUGAACUGGAUACUGUUUUAAGCCAGAGCAAUGAGCAUCGUCUUCGUAUUUUGAGAAGUGCUCAGCAAGAAAUCAGAUCCUGGACCAUCAAAGUGGAGAAGAUUAAGGCAAUUUAUCACACAAUGAACAUGUUUGAGGUUCAUCAGAACAGUCUUCACGCUGAAUGUUGGUUUCCUUUGAAGGCCUUUGAUGACAUCAGAAGAGCUCUCAAUGCUGGGGAGAAAGCCAGUGGCAGCUCUAUACCAAGUGUCAUCCAACCAGUGGUGACUGAUGAAGCCCCGCCCACUUACUACAACUGUAACAAGUUUGUUAAAGGGUUCCAGAACAUUGUAGAUUCUUAUGGUGUUGCCACAUAUAGAGAGGUUAACCCAGCCCCCUACACCAUCAUUACCUUCCCUUUCCUGUUUGCUGUCAUGUUUGGUGAUGCUGGCCAUGGGUUGAUCAUGUUCCUCUUUGGAUUGGCUCUGGUUUUAAAAGAAAAGGAAAUUAGUGCAAGCAAACUCACCAAUGAGAUUGCAAACACAUUUUUUGGAGGUCGGUACAUUAUCAUGAUGAUGGGAGCCUUCUCUAUUUACACUGGAUUGAUCUAUAAUGAUAUUUUCUCUAAGUCUUUCAACAUCUUUGGAUCCAAGUGGUAUCCUGUUAUAAAAGAUUCUGAAUGGGGAUCAGAUGAAAUCCAACUUAAUCCAGUUACAUCCCAUAUGAACUCAACUUCAUAUGCUUUUGGUAUUGAUCCUAUCUGGCAAGCAUCCACUAACAAGAUUAUUUUCCUGAACUCAUUGAAAAUGAAAAUGGCAAUCACUCUUGGAGUCAUACAGAUGGUUUUUGGUAUUUGCCUUCAAGUCUUUAACCACAUCCAUUUCAAGAACUACAUAGACAUUUUCAUCCGGUUUGUCCCUGAGCUUCUCUUUUUGGGUUGCCUGUUUGGCUACCUGGUGUCACAAAUAUUUUACAAAUGGCUCACGUUUGAUGCUACAGAGUCCUAUUGUGCUCCAGCUCUUCUGAUUCAUUACAUCAACAUGUUUAUGUUCAAGUACACCUACCCAAGUAAAGGUGACACCUGCAACCCAAAUUAUGUUUACUAUAAUGGACAGAAAACUGUACAGAUGGCUAUGUUUGCCCUGGCCAUUCUUUCAGUUCCUGUUUUGUUGUUUGUGAAGCCAAUUUAUUUAAUCUUCAUCAAGAAAAGACUUACGAGACGCCACAUUGAUCAUGAGUCAUUGAUCCACAAUGAAGUAGAGCCAGCAAAAGAUGAGAAUGGCUCAUCAUCUGAGAUUCAGGGAAAUCACACUGGUGGAGCAUCAAGCCAUGGAGAGCACGGAACUGGUGAGAUAAUAAUACACCAAGUUAUACACACAAUAGAGUUUUGUCUGGGCUGUAUUUCUCACACUGCUUCAUAUCUGAGACUUUGGGCUUUGUCUUUGGCCCAUGCGCAGCUGUCUGAGGUUCUGUGGACCAUGGUGUUAAGGCUGGGCCUGACCCUGCUGGGAAACUAUGGCGGCUCCGUUGUAGUAUUUGCUAUUUUCUUCAUCUGGGCUAAUCUGACGGUGGCCAUCUUGUUGUUGAUGGAGGGCCUGAGCGCUUUCCUCCACACUCUCCGUCUGCACUGGGUAGAGUUCCAGUCCAAGUUUUACGUGGGAGAAGGAUACCACUUUCAGCCUUUUAGUUUCAAUCACAUCCUCAACAUGCAGUCGCUAGAGGAAAUCACCAACUAAAAAAGGCCUAACGGUUUAUAUUUUUAUCAUACUGUACUUUACCUUUAAUUCUAUGCAAUCAGAUUAAAAUUUUGUAUUAAGGUUUGUUUUAGUAACAGAAUACUCAGAGGUUAUAAACAAAAAGUUUUGAAUUGAUGCUUUAUAUGG